GAUCCACAAAAACGCGCCGUCACUAGGCUCCUGAUAGUCAUUGAAGGCCAGCAUAAAAAUCGUAUGGUAUUGACCCAAGCGAAGUAUCUAGGGUUUCCAAACACGCCUCCUAGUUCUAGAGACGGGUUUUUAGUGUCAUUGUGUUCACUCUUCUUCUUCUUCUUCUUCUUCUUCGCAAAGCUCUAAGAAAUCGGUUUUAAGAUCUAGGGUUUUCAGAUUGGAUUUGGGCAUUAAUAGUUGACUAGGGUUUCGAAUCCCUAACCAGAUCGUUUAUAAAUCUGGUUAUUGUUGGGUCAAUUACUGGGAUUUAGUGAUAAUCGAAGCGGAAAAAAUCUGAGAUUUUAAUAUGAAGCGGUCGAGGAAAUCGAAGAGGGUUUCUUGGGCUCCUGGAGUUGUGCUUUGUCAGGUAAAGCUGUUUUCAUCUGAGGAUUGUCCUGCCAAAGUUGGCCUGAAAUGUGAAGAUCAUCUUCAAGCAAAGACAUCAUUGCAUUCUAAUCGUAUGGAAUCUAAUGAUUUACCACCUGGGUUUGAACAAGGUUCUUUUGAAAAUCAUUUGAAGAAAGAGCUUUCCCACGUCGGUCGGAUUAAUUGGAAAUGCCCUCCCAAGUUUGUCAUUGGUCACAACUGGCAAGUCGUAGCUGGUGAAGAAAGCACCGAGGUGGAAGCUCAAAAGUUAAGGGAGACGAGAGUGCUUGAAGCCGUUUAUCCACGAUCUUCGGCCAUUCCUCCUAGUCCCUCAGUUUCUUUGGACAUAGAACGUGAACAUUAUGAUGAUAGCCUUACUCCUCUAGUUCCCGUAACUCCUAUUGAAGAUGAUGAAUCUUCAGACAUACCAUCCGAUUUGACAGUACCUGGGAACAAUCCUGUUUGCUCACCGCCAGUUGCAUUGCCCCAAGGGCUGGCGGCAUCUGGAACUAUGAACACUCCAAAAUCUUCUACUCCAGCGACACCUACCAAUGAAAAACCUGUGCUUGGAAGUUUACCUAGUAUGGGGGCAGAUGCUGCCGCUGCUGCUUCUACUGCCUUGGCCGCACUCCUGGAAAGCAGAGAGCAUGGAAGCCUGAUCGAUACCGAUUUGCUCAUUAAUAUCCUUAGCGACCCAAAAAUGAUCCAGAAAUUGAUUAAUGAUCAUCAAUCACUAGUGAAUACAGUGAUUGCACCGGCCAAUAUGGUAAGUGCACCUUCAGGGACUGCGUAUGAGUCGAAGCUAGUAACUCCAAUAAUUCAUACAUCGUCGACCUCAAAACCUGCUAUACAAAGCCCUGGUAAUGGGAACUUAUACCAAGUUCUCAAUGCUGUACGGCCUCAACAACCGGAGACUGGAUUGAAGCGGGUAAUUCCAUCGGUCGCCUUGUCAUGCCCGGAACCCAAUCUAGUCUUAUUGACUAAGCCGGCAAAUGGAAAUCUUUAUACUGCACCAAAUCAGGUGCGAGCAGCUUAUACAGCACCAAAAUCUACUCCCACUUUCAUGGAAGCUCAGGCUGUUAAGGAUGCCAACUACUAUAAGGACCUGAUUAGGCAACAUGGAGGAGAAAAGCAGGAAACUCAGGAACCUAUGAUUGCACAGAAUGGUAAUCACUUCAAAGACUUGAAACUAGUACAAAAUAUUAAGCCUGGAGAAGUGAAACCCAAGGGUAAAAAGCGUUGCAUGUACUUUAAUAGCCCAAAGGGGUGUCGAAACGGCCUCAGUUGCCCUUAUCAGCACGAUGUGUCAUGUCAGUCUUCCACUGGUAGCAUUCUAGAGGUCCCGAGUGCCAAGAGAAUGAGAUUGGGUGGGGAAAUUGCUGGGAGGAUAUAGCGUAGCCGAGGUUCUUCCACUCAACCACUCAACUUCUUUGGGUUAUUUUGCCCGCUUGUUUUCACUCUGUACAUACAACUUCGUGGAGAGAGAGUGAGAGAGAGAGAGAACGCCCCCCUUCCAUUUAUAUUGCAAAAAAAAAAAAAAAAAAAAAAAAAAAAAAAAAGAAAAAGAAAAAGAAAGAGGAGAGAGAAGAACGAGAUAGUUUUUCUUUGACAGGUUGAAAUUUCAUGAAAAAAAAAUUAAGUUUUUCUUUUGUCAUCUUUAUUUCCGUUUAAUUGGACGUUGCUGGAGGGUGCUACCUGCUACGUAGCGGGCACUGGAAUGUAUAUUUAUAUAUUAAAACGAUAAGAACCAUUCUAAAUGUAUUGCGCAAGUAAAUCAUUCUAAA